UACAUAGCCAAAGUACUGACUACUGUAUGUUUUAGAUAGUCACAGGCCCUAUCUCCUUAAACCCUAACCCCUGCACUACAACACUCUCAGACACGUAAGCCCUCUGUUCCGAACAUCAACUAUGGCGACCUCAACCGACGGCGGUGGCCUCGAAGCCCUCCACCGCCUGAAAUCUACAGACCCGCCGGUGUACCUCUCACAGUCUCCGGACCUCUCUGAAGCCGCCCGCUUAGCCUCCCAAUAUAUCUUCUCUUCCCUCACGCCCCACACUCCCAAAUCACCUUUCACACACCUUUUGAUCGAAGGCUUCGACGCCGAACAAAUUUGGCAGCAAAUUGACCUCCAAUCACAGCCCUUAAUCUCCACUCUUCGUCGUGAAAUCAAGAAGUUCGAGAAAAACCCAGAAGAAAUCUCGAAGCUGUUUCAGACUGUUGGUGUUAGGAACGAGAAUUUAGAGGGAAAGAGUAAGGGUGUAGGUUUAGAGGGAGAGAAGAGGAAUUUGGAAAGAGAGAGUGAGGAUUUUGAGGGAGUGGAAGAUAAAGUAUUGGAGGUGUCUGACGAGGAGGAAGAAGAGGAAGAAGGAGAGGGAGAGGGAGAGGGGGAGGAGGAGGAGGAGGAGGAGGAAGAGGAGGGGGGUGGUGGUGGAGUGGAAGAUGAGUUUUUGAAGAUAAAGGAAUUGGAGGAGUAUUUGCAGGACGAUGAGGCAAGAGAGUAUGGGUUGGAAAGCAGGAAGAAAGGUGAGCGUAAAGUGUAUAAUGAUGAGGAAGAUGAGGAUGGAAACGAUGAAGAAGAGGAGCAUGAUGAAGGAGAAGAUACCGAUGAGUUUGAAGCUCUUGGGCUCGAGGAUGACGAGGAUGAUGAAAGGGGAGACAAGCUGAGAAAUGCUAGGUGCUGCUUUCUUUUUCUUCUUCUUUAUGAAAACAUAUAUUCUGCUUUCCCCAGUUUAGCUCAUGUUGUUUUGUGA